UCCCACCCAGCGGCUUCCUGGGCAGGCUCCCAGUCUGGGCCUCAUCCACCAGCAGCUUCUCCGGGGACCACAGGCCUCUCCAGCCUCAGCUUCUCUGGGUUCCCUGUCUGUCUCCCUUUUCGGAGCCUCCUGCCUUUCCUACUAGUGUGAUGCCUUCUUCAGGAACCUGGGCCUCUUUUUCCCUUAAGUCUUAGCAAACAGGCCUCCAGAGCUCCUGUACCUCCCGCAGGCUGCGCUGGCCUCUCUGGGCCUAGUUAGGCCUCCUACAGACUAACCACAGCAGCAGGCUUCCUGGGCCACUACCACUGUUUCUCCUCACCCCGCUUAUGGUGACUCCGGGACUGGUUGUUCAGGGGCAGGCUGCACCCUUUUCCACAGCACUCAGAAGCCUUGUCAACAACCCCUGGUACAGUGAUGUUCGCUUUGUGGUUGGUCAAGAACAGCAAGAGGUAUUUGCCCACCGGUGCUUGUUGGCCUGUAGAUGCAAAUUCUUCCAGAGACUUCUGGGCACAGAGCCGGGCCCUGGGGUAACUAGUCCCGUGGUGCUAAGCACUGUGCCAGCUGAGGCCUUCCUGGCAGUGCUGGAGUUCCUGUAUACCAACAGUGUCAAGCUGCACCGCCACUCUGUGCUGGAGGUGCUGACAGCAGCUGUGGAAUAUGGGCUGGAGGAACUUCGAGAGGUCUGGGAGGUCAAGACGGGUCUGGUUCUGCUGCUGGGAAUCUGGUUGUGCCUGGAAUUUGUGGUGAAGGUGCUGGAUGUGGAGUUGGUUUGUGAGGCCCUGCAGGUGGCCGUAACCUUUGGCUUGGGGCCGCUACAGGAGCAGUGCAUGGCCUUCAUAGAGACCCACUGCCAGGAGGCGCUCCGCACCCGCGGCUUCCUGGAGCUGUCGGCCGCGGCGCUGCUGCCGUUGCUGCGCAGCGACAAGCUCUGCGUGGACGAGGCUGAGCUGGUGCAGGCGGCCCGGAGCUGGGCGCGCGUGGGCGCCGCAGUACUGGAGCGGCCGGUGGCCGAAGUAGCGGCUCCAGUAGUUCGAGAGCUGAGACUGGCCUUGUUGGCCCCGACGGAGCUGAGCGCCCUGGAAGAGCAGAACAGGCAGGAGCCGUUCAUCCCGGUGGAGCAGAUUGUAGAGGCGUGGAAGUGUCACGCCCUGCGGAGAGGCGCUGCGGCCCGGGGCGCACCGUGCCACCGCCGGAGGGGCACCCUACCUCGGGAUCACCACUGCUUUCUGGACCAUCCUUUCUAGUGACCUAGUUCCGGGACUGGCAGGGAGUUUGAGCAUGCCCGAAACUACAGCUCCCGAAGUGCUCUGUGCUCGAAGUGAAGCUCCCAGCAUGCCUGGCUAGCUGGCUGCCGGAAGGACAGCUCUUUGGCGCCGCUGGCGUGUUUCCGGCCUGGGAUGUAGGGCGGGGCCUGUGCCUGGUAUUGGUGCGGGCGAUGGCGGGACCCUGAAACUGGGAAAUGAGGGUCCACUUUGUUUCCAGCACCGUAUCCAGCCACUGGGAACUAAUGUGCUCCUAUGCUCUAUGCAGUCUCUUCAGCUCGUUCGCUUUCACAACAAACAAGCUUCCCAGAGAUCUCUCGUGAAUAUCCCAUUUAUCUGAGAAUUUGUGCAAAAUCGAGCUUAGCGCUCUCCGGAAGUUCCGGAAAUAGUUUUUUUUCCACGAGUCAGAAACCGGGGUCUCAUUCUUGCCUCAGUCCUCUACACCUCCUUCAUGCCCUUUCUACCUUCUAGUAGUUUUGAGUUGGUUUGAUCUACAGCCUAUAUUCCUGUCACAUUAAAAAAAAACAACUUGUUUUUAUGUGUA